AGCUUAAACCCCACAGAGACACUACAGAGAGAAGACCAAACAGAAUCUUAUACUAACAGGACAGCAUUGCCUGGCUGGAGCAGCUGCCAUUUGUCUGGACUCGCCAUCUAUCGGCCUAUCUGACAUCGACACGUCGAGUCUGGAGGUCGGUGAGAAGGAACAAGGAAGUCCAGCAAGCAAAGCGCAGGCAGAGCACAGCUACCUCUGACUGCACUGCUAACCAUGCCUGCACCGAAGACACCGAGGAUUAAAGCCACUAAAACCAGUGCUGGUGACGGACUGGAGGGGUUCAAGGCACAUGCUGUGUUCCAGGAAAUCAACAAGAAGCUCCAGGAGGAAGGGGAGCAGUUUGUGAAAAAGAUCGGGGGAGUGUUUGCCUUCAAAGUAAAGGACGGCCCAAAUGGACAGGAGGCGACGUGGUUUGUGGACGUGAAGAACGGCAAAGGCUGUGUUCACAAUGACGCAGCUAAGAAAGCAGAUUGUACCAUUUCCAUGUCAGAUACAGACCUGUUGGCCUUGAUGACAGGGAAGAUGAACCCACAGACAGCGUUUUUCCAGGGCAAGCUGAAGAUCACAGGGAACAUGGGACUGGCCAUGAAGCUUCAGAGCCUGCAGCUCCAGCCGGGCAAAGCCAAGCUGUAGAUGAGACGUCGGAGCGAGCCGUAACUACACCUCUGUCAAACUGAACAGAGUUAACCAACAAGAAUUUAACAGCAAGUCUGGUUUCAGAUCGAUGUUGAAGGUCUGUGAAGCUUCUCAUCACAGGAAUGAACCACUUUCCCUACUAGCGACCUCACUGUCCGACCAGGGGAUUAGUCAGCAGCCCUGCCAAUAUAACUGGAGAAGUUAGAUGGACUGAUAAUUAAUUCUCUAAUCAAGUCCCCAUUAUUCUGUCAAUACACUAGAAUAGAGACGGGUGCUCCCUAUUUAUAGAUACUAAUUCAGUUCAUGUCCACUUCAAUAACCAAAUGUCUGUUGCUAAAGAAACCAUUCUUUGAGUAUAUUGUGUCUGGAAAUGUUUUGAAUGGAGCAGAUUGAUUGUCAUUUUCCGCAAUCAUGGACUAACAGUCUUAAGUGCCUCCUCGUCUCAGACUUUCAGUUUGCUCUAAGGUUUUUAGCAAGCAACACAAAAAUGUUUUUCACUGUGGCCGCCUAACGUUUUAACAGAGUUGUAAUUUCUUGCUGUACUAUCAUUGUAUGAAUCUCUAAAAUAUUUCUACUAAAUAAAUUUGCCACUGCUGCAACGUC